CAUGACAUUUGUGUCUUGGGAAGGUGUGAUGAAAACGUAACACCAGAUAGACAAAGAAUGGACGUCCUCAUGCAAGCUGGUUUGGGAAAGAUGAAACUUGUUUUCCCAAAUAAAAAGGCAAGUCACAUUGAAGUGGAGAAUUUCCUUGAGGAAAAGUUUCCUAGACUUAGAGAUGGUGGAGGAAUUGAGGUCUUGAGAGCUGUUGGAGGAGGGGGAGGCCAAAGGCCUCUCCAUUAUGUUCCCCCUGGAAGGGAGGGGUACACAGUGGCCCACUUGAGAGAACGCUUUUCUCAGGCUGCUGUUUACAUCCGGCCCUUGCAAAGUGACCUAGAUGAAUCACCUUUUUCCUAUGAGGUAAACUGUUGAAUUUUUGUUGAGGGAAACGAAACAUAAUAAUUAUUAUAUUGAAGUCAAAAUAACAAUGAAGUCAGGGAAAUGGGAUGCUAUAUGCGUUUAUUGUACUAUGAAAGUUCAAGGCAAAUUACUUUAACUUUUCACUUAAACACCAUUUCGUAAAUCUUAGAUUCUAAAUCAUGUAAGACAGACUUCAUGGUGGCAUAAGCAGUAAAAAGUCGAUACACUUUCAUUUAUAAGUGACUCAUUAUGUACUGUCAAAAUCUCCAUUUAAUUCACAAGGAAAUACAAGGAAAAUUCAAAGAUCAAUAUAGCAGUUUAUCAGUAGUUAGUUUUAUUUUAUACACCCUUUCAUUGGAGGCAUUGCAAGAGAUGCACAAUGUACGUGUAUUUUCUCUCACAGGAUUCUGAUGAUGGCUACCCAGAUGUGACAUGCAUGUUUUGUGGAGUAAACGUUCCAUUUAGUACGUUUAAAUCACACAAAGAAAAAUGUCAGGACCCAAAGAAUGAGUAAGUAAUGGUAAUGUGCUCCACAAAGAACAAAAUAUCAAUGGUAACAGGGACUGUGCAGUGUGUUCUUUUUUUUUACUUUUAGUGCAGUCAGUAGAUUGCCUCUGGUUUGAUAAAAAUGCAAGUGGCACUGUCAGUACUGGGUUGGAUAUGCACAGUAUAGCAAAUUUGAAUUCAUAUACAUGUACUUUUAUUCUUAUAGAAAACUUGAUUUGCCUUCACCAUCAAAUUGUGUAAUUGGUAAGUGGAUCUGACAAAUGUGACACAGCACUUCUUUAACAAGUUUAUUUGCAAUAUGAAAAUAUAACCAUACAAAAUGUGCAGUUUUAAGCAUUUCCUUAGUCUUCGUGUCUUGAGGUGGUAAGCACUCUUCUACUGUCAUCUUUGUAGAGUCAUUCACUGAUGAGUCAAAACAACAAGUGCACUCACAGCUUGGUAGCCCUCAGCUUGGUAGUCUUGACCAGUUGAUACAGAUGUUUCCUUCACAUGAAGUUACAUUUCUCAAAGACGUCCUUGACAAGAAUGGNACGUUUAAAUCACACAAAGAAAAAUGUCAGGACCCAAAGAAUGAGUAAGUAAUGGUAAUGUGCUCCACAAAGAACAAAAUAUCAAUGGUAACAGGGACUGUGCAGUGUGUUCUUUUUUUUUACUUUUAGUGCAGUCAGUAGAUUGCCUCUGGUUUGAUAAAAAUGCAAGUGGCACUGUCAGUACUGGGUUGGAUAUGCACAGUAUAGCAAAUUUGAAUUCAUAUACAUGUACUUUUAUUCUUAUAGAAAACUUGAUUUGCCUUCACCAUCAAAUUGUGUAAUUGGUAAGUGGAUCUGACAAAUGUGACACAGCACUUCUUUAACAAGUUUAUUUGCAAUAUGAAAAUAUAACCAUACAAAAUGUGCAGUUUUAAGCAUUUCCUUAGUCUUCGUGUCUUGAGGUGGUAAGCACUCUUCUACUGUCAUCUUUGUAGAGUCAUUCACUGAUGAGUCAAAACAACAAGUGCACUCACAGCUUGGUAGCCCUCAGCUUGGUAGUCUUGACCAGUUGAUACAGAUGUUUCCUUCACAUGAAGUUACAUUUCUCAAAGACGUCCUUGACAAGAAUGGAACAAUUAGUGAUGCUGUUGCUGAUAUUGUCGGAGAUCAAGACACAUCCAAUGAUAGUAUGUACUGAGACCCUAAAACAAUGUAACAUCACACUGUUUAACUUAAUUCAAAUUUUAAAUAAUAUUAUUGAAGUAUCUAUUAAUUAUGAUUGCAGAUACCAUUUUCUGCUUUAACAUGUAACUUAAUGACAACAUAAUCAUUACAACGAACUUUGAUUCUUAGAUUUACCAAUCAGUGAUGUCACAAGUACUCUGAAAGGCCCAAAUUGUGCCAGCACUCUAAAAGAAGCACUAAAAGAAGCUGCCAGGGAAGUGUAUGGUUCCAGUAACAGCGAGAACAAAAAUAAGCUGCGCAUUAAUGUCAGGAGAGGAAAAGUGUGGAGCGACACUUUCGAAAUUGUUAGAGGCCAGGAUAAGUCAGAUUUUUAUUUACCUCUUAAUGUUCGAUUCACUGGUGAGGAAGCAGUAGAUCUGGGAGGUCCAACAAGAGAAUUCUUUAGUGUACUUUUUCAAGGUCUAGAGCAACAGAGAAUUGUUGCAGGUAGUUCUCCAUCUUUAACUUUUUCCCAUGAUAUCCUUGCCUAUGAAAGAAAAGAGUAUGAAAUAUUUGGGGUUUUGGUGGCUUUGAGUUUGCUAAAUGGGUGUAGUGGGCCCCAUAACUUAAGUCCAUCUCUGGUCCAUUACCUUUUAAAUGAAGAAAAGCAGUGUUGUAAGUUUAAAAUUGAGGAAAUACCCAACCCAGAUAUAAGGGCUAAGUGUCUAAAAAUUCAAGAAACUUCUGGGGAAAAGGAUUUCAGUGACAUCGUUCAAGCUCUGGAUGAGAGAUUUGAUGCAGGCUUCAACAAGGCCUCUGUUUCCCUUAAUGAUAAAGAGAAACUUCUCCAAACCAUGGCUUACCACUAUGUAAUUAAUAUAUGUCAUGACUAAAUACUGCAGUUUAAACAGGGUCUUUCAUUUGGUGGGGUACUAAACGUUCUUCGGAGAUUUCCAAAAGAGUCAUUUACAGAGCUGACAGAUAGUACAGAAUCUGUGAUCACCCCUGAAGAUCUUACAAAUAUUUUUGAAGCAAACCUUUCUACCCGUGGUUCAAACCGGAGAAUUGCAGAAGACAUACUGUAUAACUGGGAGAAUUUUCUAAGCAAUGUGUUUAGAGGAAAGGUUUCCCAGACAACUAUCUCAAUUGAGAUAAAAGAGGAUGUUGAUACUGGUAAUGAUAACGAUAAAGUUGUGGAGACCCAGAGUACUAAGGUAGUUACUCUUAAUGACAUUGUGAUGUUUUCCACUGGGUCAUAUCACUUACCAGCUACGGGAUUUGAACGGAAGGUAGAGAUU